UCUCUGAUCUUCAGCUUCACUCUCGUUCCAUCCACCCAUCCUCCAUUCACACUCUCUCCAUCCAAUCUCCCAUUAUCUACUACCCCCUCCCUCUCACUCUUAUCUUCUCACACCAUCCACGUCUAUCAUCACCAUCAUCUUCUACAGCUCUGUGAUCACCUCUGUCAUCUCCCAUCUCAAUUUUUGCAACUGAUUAUCUUCACCAUGAUCCGCUCAAAGAAAAAGGCUCAUCGCUGUGAGCGGACUCAGCCAUACUCUAUGGAUCGAUACCGCAAAGCUCUUCGUCUUUUCGGAAAAUCCAAAUCCCAACUUGAAAAGAUGGGGUUUCCCCAUGGGAAUCUUGGAAAUUACCUACGAUCUUAUAAUCUUCGAGUUCGCCGAUCAAACCCGGAUCUAGUGGAUAUCGAAUCGGAUGACGAUAGCGACGAGACAUAUCUUCCUAAAGCGAGAUCGAAAAGAAAACAAAAGAGGGUUGUUUCGAUUUCAUCAGAAGAGCAACCCUCUGAGGGGCUCUUAAAACUCGCACAGCAACUUGGCCGGGAAAUCGAACAAGAAAUCGAGCAGCAACUUGAAACGCCACUUAAGCAGCCCUCAGAGCAGCAAGCACUCGUCACUAAAUUGAGACUUCCUUCGAUACGUGGAAAGACAUUCCUAAAUAUGCUAGCCAACCGUGACAUAUUCAGCGAUUUGAUUGAUGCCGAUUCCGAAGAAGUUUCUGAGCCCGAAUCAGUGGUGGUGAGGGGCUCUACCAGCAACUAUGAGGCCAACAAACCCACCGUUCGUCACAUCAUGACCGCAUUUGCCCAUCCCCUUGACGUCGAACUUGGUACUGAAACCUAUGAGCCGUGCGAAUUUUGCAUGAACUUUACAUUUGGCAUGUUCGGUCUGGGCCUGAAAAAGGUCGAAGUUGCAGAUUAUGGCGUUACCGGCGGCUUGGAAGAAUUAUCUGGAGGACACCGGAGUGCCGGCUAUCCACGAACACGAAUCUGCAAUGUUUGCUGCCUUGAUCGGCUAUAUAUGCACAGGUGUGCUGGCCAUGAAAUCUCUUCCUUACCGGGAUACGAGGUUGCUACUUUCGAUUACGCAAAGGCUUUUCAUAGCUUAGAACAGUCAGCCGUAGGAGGAAAUUACAAACAAACCAAUCCAUGGUGCACACUCUGUCUGAACCCGGCAUUUUUCCGCUGCAAUACCGAACAACUUCUGGAUAAAUUUGGCAGGGAUGUUGGACCGUUAUCUUCACAGGGAAAUGGCUGUGGCUUGCUUUUGUGUGAGCCUUGCAAAAGAUUGAUGGAUGCAAACGGAAAUGACUUGGCGAAGGUGAUUGCUCGGAUUCCAGCGUCGGAGGUGGUACGCGCGGAUGCGGACUUUUUGGUGGUUGGUAGUGAUCUCCAUCGGUACUUUCACAAGCAGGAGGGCUUUCUGUGUAUGCAUUUCGCUUGUUAACUCUCUUUCAGUAUACAAUAUUUCCAUCCUGCUAUCUUACCGCAACAUAUUAGUUAUCUUAUUGCGCUGUAGCUGGGCGGAUGAAUGGCUAUGUAUUUCGACUAUUCCAUAUAAAAAAAGAAAGAAAAAGUCAUCUAUACUUUCAAAACAGGAUAGAAGCGUCAAUCAGAAUCCGAACACUUCCUUCCAGAGAAAAAGCCCCCGAGAAGCAGCCUAAAGGAAAAGAGAAGAGGAGUAUGCAGCCGUAAUCGGCUGGAACGCCUUCACAACAAGGAUCUUCGUGGACUUCUGGUACCUUUAGGAAGC